AUGGAUAACUCACGAGCAUCAUCUAGCACACCGAAUAUCUCACUUCCUUCUAAAAAUGCUGCAGUACCGGACACAGCUCCUUCUUCAUCUCCAGCUUUUGGGACGCCUCCGGCACGGCCAAUCCGAGUCGGCAAGCCAACCUCGCUUGCUGGUAAAGCAUCGAUACUGCCUAUUCUUCUGCCACCAUCUACUCUUCGACCUGUGGCCUUUCGGACUUUUACCAGAAAACACAACCUUACCAUCACAUCCAGCACACUUCAGCUUCUGGCCACUUUUAUUGGCAAAAAUUGCGGCUCAGGAUGGCGCGAAGAGGGCCUGGCCGAACGGGUAUUGGACGAGGUAGCAAAAAUGUGGAGGAAGAGUGGCGGCGGAGUCAUCGUAGAGGAAGGCAAUGGAGCUUCUAUUAAAUCAAUUCUGCAGGCAUUGGAGAGUAAUAUGGUCGGUGGCAGAAUUGUCGGGAAAGUUUCAGAUCGGGAAGAUGCCUCGGGGCGUUCACAAGGACAUGAUGCUUCGGAGAGCGGGGUCAGCGGAUUUACAGAGCGCAGCAGCAAAGAUCCUUUUGAAGACGACGAAGAGAAAAAUGACUCACAUUCGAAAGAUCCAAGAGGUUGGAUCACAAUUGUCAGCGCAUUUGAGCAACCACGCUUGGUAUACAACGCCAACAAGAAACACUUCGAAGCGUCAACAUCCAGUCCUUCAUUAUUUCCAGAUCCUUCCCAUCAGAUCGCCAUGUUAAGAGACCGAUAUAAUCUUGUCUAUCAGCGAUUAUUGCGCAAUGAAUCAUUCCAAGCGCCUAUUUUCGGCAGAUAUGACGAUUCCUCGGUAUUGCCAUCUUCAGCACGACAGUCCUACAAGUUAACUCCCAUCGCGAACUUAUUAGGAAGAAACGGCACAUCCCACUUAUUACUUGGUCUCCUCUCUAUCUCGCCUGCUGGAGAGCUAUCUCUUACAGACUUGACUGGGAGCGUUGUAUUGGACCUGACACAUGCCCAGUCAGUUCCCGAAAAUGGAGCAUGGUUUACACCGGGGAUGAUUGUCCUUGUGGAUGGUAUAUACGAAGAGGAGGAAAAUAUCAGAAGGUCGGCUCUAGGAGGCAAUGGCGGAGUUGGAGGGACAAUAGGUGGCAAAUUUGUAGGAAUCUCAAUCGCGGGUCCGCCAUGUGAAAGACGAGAGGUGACCCUUGGGAUGAGCAAUCCUCAGUCAAAUGGAGACGUCGGCGCAACCGGCGGAUUUGGCUGGGUUGACUUUCUUGGGGUUGGAAGCGAACGCGCUCAAGGCCCUCGUAUGAGAAGACUCGAGGCAAAAUAUCUAAGACAAGAGCAGCCCGAUAAGCAGAAAGCUGGUCGAAGAACUAUGGUCAUCAUGAGUGAGGUGAAUCUUGACAAUGUGAACACCUUUGAGGCGUUGAAAAAUGUUUUCAAAUCCUACAGUGACUUACCCUUGGAAGAGCUGCCUCUUGUUUUCUUCAUGAUUGGGAAUUUCGUUGAGAAUGCCAUGAUUGGUGAAGGCGGUCGUGGAAACAGCAUCGCGUAUAAAGAGUACUUUGACACACUCGCUCAUGUGCUAUCGGAGUUUCCUUCACUACUGCGACAUUCAACAUUCGUCUUUGUUCCAGGCGAUAACGAUCCCUGGGCGUCUACCUUCUCGGCCGGUGCUGCAACCGCCAUCCCACGCGAGGCUAUUCCAGAGCUGUUUACUUCGAGGGUGAAACGAGCAUUUUCAGUGGCUAAUAAUGAUGCAGAGAAGUCAUCCCCUAAGUCCGUUCCUGGUGAAGCUAUUUGGACAUCAAAUCCCUCGCGACUGUGUCUCUUCGGUCCGGUUCACGAGAUCGUCGUGUUUCGUGAUGACAUUUCUGGACGAUUGAGACGCAGUGCUGUGAAUUCGACUAAAGAGACAAGUGGAUUUGAUGUAAUAACAUCAGUCGAAGGGCAGGGUCGGCCUCAUGAAAACGCAUCAAGAGAUACUACAUUGGAUCAAGGCCUUGUCGAUGAAAAGCAAGUUCGUGCAGACUCUCGGGAGGGGAAUCAAGGGAAUGGAAGCAAUCCAUCGCAUACAAUACUUUCGGCCAGGAAAUUAGUGAAGACGAUCUUGGAUCAAGGCCAUAUGUCUCCUUUCCCGCUCAGCUCGAGACCGGUAUUGUGGGAUUAUGCUUCCUCUCUACAGCUAUACCCAUUGCCCACCGCGUUUAUACUUGCCGAUGCUGAGAUGCCACCGUUUGCGGUCACUUAUGAAGGCUGCCACGUGAUGAAUCCAGGGAGAUUACUGCCAGAGGCUCACAGAUAUAAGCGUGCCUCGUCGUGGCACUUCCUUCACUCGGUUCAGCUAUGCCCUCCUUUCCGAGGGUUCGGCAAUGCAGUGUCGAGCUCUGUUAAUUUUGGCGUAUCAGAUAUAUACCCCAGUCUGUAG